AUGAAAGUUUUUAACACAAAGCUUCAAACGGUAGUGAGAGAACAACUGACUGCGGAAGGACAUCCAUUACCUUCAGAAGUUACCAUAGCAUAUAAUUUUGAAACAAACUCAAUAGAUUUUAAAGUCAUCUCUGCAAAGAAGUCAGGUUUUACAUUUAAUGAAGCAGAUGUAUAUUCGAAUGAAAACUUCAAAGCUAUUGCAUGGUUAGAUAAUGACGAUUGCUUUAAGAAAAUAUUUAAAUACAGUGACUCAACGAUGUCAAUAGAUGACCUUCGUGGAAUGUUACCAUCGACGUUUACAGUUGAAGGUUCAGCAGGAUUGCUUACAAGAUUGUCAAUUGGUGGCGUUUGGUCUCGUGAGAACAUUGUUAUAAAAUCCAGUAUAAGUGAAUUUGCUGAAGAAUCUAUAUUAUGUCUUUCAAACUACAUGUAUUCGCCGCCGAAGCAUUAUAGUAUAACAAACUUUGUCAGUAAGUUUAACAUAAGACUUGUCGAACCUUCUUCAAUGAAAGAUGUUGUGCUACCCAAAGACGGAAAGGAUGGACUCAUUAUUGAGAUGAUUUUAAUAGCAUAUUAA